CUCCAGCGCUCGAACAAACAAACAUCCAAAUAUGGCACCUGGAAAUGCGUCCGCCAGCCGAUCGAACUCUUCCCUUCGCACUCAUUCCAUCCAACCCGUCGCUCUCCAUUUCGGCGCAGGCAACAUUGGUCGCGGCUUUAUAGGCGCUGUCCUCGCCCAGGCUGGUUCCCACGUCAUAUUCGCAGACGUCAACAAGCAGCUUGUAGACAACAUCAAACGUCGCGGAAAGUACACUAUCCACAUCCUCGAUGGGCACAGCGACGAUGUCGGCUACGAGGAGAAAACCCAGCCAGUCUCGAACGUCUCUGCGAUCCUCUCCAACGAUCAGGAUGCUCUUGCGGAAGUCGCCGUACAUGAUCUUGUUCUUAUUACAACGGCCGUUGGACCAGCGAUCCUUCCAAAGAUUGCGCCCGCGAUUGUCACCAUCCUACGCACACGCAAGGCUGCUGGCAAGGGCCCUCUCAACAUCGUUGCCUGUGAGAACGCGCAACGUGCUACAUCAAUGCUCAAGGACCACGUCUUUGCUGCCCUGCGCGACCAACAGGCGGACGACGCCCUGCUGGAGUACGCGGAGUGCAAUGUUGGCUGGGCGAACUGCGCCGUCGAUCGCAUCGUCCCUCCCUAUCGUCCUGAACCAUUCACAGAUGAUACAUCGCUUGAUGUUGGCGUCGAAUCUUUCUAUGAAUGGGAUGUAGACAUGCAUUCGCUGAAGAAGACCGAUCCGGACGUCGACAUCGGCGGUAUGAAGCCCACCAGCAACCUCGAGAAGUACAUUCAGCGCAAGCUCUUCUCUCUAAACAUGGGCCAUGCUAUCACGGCUUACCUCGGCGCACUGAAGGGACACAAGUCCAUCGCAUCAGCGAUCAGCGACCCCGAAAUCUACCCCAUUGUUUAUGGUGCUUUGCAAGAAAGCGGUGCCGCUCUUCGCCGCGAACAUGGGUUCACAGAGCAAGAGCACGCCCGCUAUAUUGACAUCGUUUUGGCUCGCUUCCAUAACAAGGAUGUACCGGACGUCCCCUGGCGCGUCGGGCGCGAACCGCUGCGGAAGUUGAAGCCCAACGAUCGUCUCGUCGGCCCAACGACGAUGUGUAGACGAAUGGGUCUAGACAGGGGAUACUUGCUGCGAGGGAUUGCUGCUGCUCUGGCCUACAAGAACGACGACGACGAUCAAGCCAAGGAACUGCAAAACCGCAUCGCUCAAGAUGGGCCCGAGAAGGUUGCAGUGGACAUCCUGGGCGUCGACAAGAAUGACGAGGAUGUGGUCACUGUACUAGGCGCCUACAGGGAGCUGCGGCAGCAGCAAAAACUAUAACAAGCGAACACCUCUACCCAUGGGCAUAGCCCGCACAUGUAGCUAUAGCAAAUGCAGUCCAUCUAUUGUAGUUUCUUGCGUGAAUCAGACAGAACAGUGAUUCCACG